AUGACGCUGCCCCCGGUGUGUCCUGGCAUGGAUAUUCGGAACAACCUCACCCGGCUGCAUGAGCUGGAGAACUGUUCUGUCAUCGAAGGACAUUUGCAGAUAUUGUUGAUGUUUAAAACGAGGCCUGAAGAUUUCCGAGACCUCAGUUUCCCCAAACUUAUCAUGAUCACUGACUACUUGCUGCUCUUCCGGGUUUACGGGCUCGAGAGCCUCAAGGACCUGUUCCCUAACCUCACGGUCAUCCGAGGCUCGCGUCUCUUCUUCAACUAUGCGCUGGUCAUCUUCGAGAUGGUGCACCUGAAGGAGCUUGGCCUCUACAACCUGAUGAACAUCACCCGGGGGGCUGUCCGCAUCGAGAAGAACAACGAGCUGUGCUACCUGGCCACCAUCGACUGGUCACGCAUCCUGGAUUCCGUGGAGGAUAAUUACAUUGUUCUGAACAAAGACGACAAUGAGGAGUGUGGGGACAUCUGCCCAGGCACCGCCAAGGGCAAGACCAACUGCCCAGCCACCGUCAUCAAUGGGCAGUUUGUUGAGCGGUGUUGGACCCACAGCCACUGCCAGAAAGGUAUGUUGGGGAUGCAGUGUUACGAAAGGUUUCCCAUGCCUUGUUCUAGAAGGCAUGGCCCUUAGGGUUGGGGGCAAGAAUCUGUGGCAUUUGGAUGGAUCCAGGUAGAGCCAUUCACCAGACCAGGGCUUGACAAAUAUUUUCUGUAAAGGCUUAGAUAGUAAAUACUUCAGACUAUUCAGGCCAUCUGAUCUCUGGCACAACUACUCAACUUUGCCAUUAUAGCAGGGAAGCAGUCUUAGACACGUAAACAAAUGGGCCUGGCUGUGUUUCAAUAAAACUUUAUUUAUAAAAACAAGUGGUGGGCUGGAUUGCGCCUGGUGGAGGCUGUGGUUCAUGUGGUCCUUUAGUCUUUUGGACUAAUAUUUUCCUUGUGUCUUUGGUUUUCUUCAUUCUCCUGUGGGUCGUAAUAGUUUGCCAACUUGUGUGCUAGACAGUUGAAUGUUCCUUUUACUUGGGAGAUGAGUAGGAAUGGAAAAUUAUGGCCUUUAAAAAAAAGAGUUUGUUUCUUAUCCGAUCAUAGAAGUAAAAUUGCUCAUGAUAGACAUUUGGAAAAAGAUAGAAAUGUGCAAACAAAAAAACAGUCAUUAUUCCACAAUUGAAAUUGCUGAUAGUGGUUUGUUGAAGGUACUUCCUUAUAGUGGGUGUUUGAUAGAAUGGUUGUCUUAAUUUACUUUAUUGUCUCUCUUGUUGGGUGUAUAGAUUAUUUUCAGUUUUCACGAGGAGGGGGAUAUGCAUUUUUGGGCCUAAGCUUUCUCUAGCAUUGGUUUUCUUUAGACUUGCUUUCCAGAAGUGAAAUUUCUGGGGCAAAGGCACUUGAUUCCGAUUGCCAAAUGACUUUCCGGAAAUAUCGUUCCAAGGGAUGCCCCUCCUAGCCUUGGAUGAGGGAACACCUUGGCCAGCUUUGAGGCUCUUUCAUAAUUUGCUGGGGCAGGGAGGUGCUGAUGUGUUUUCCUCGUUUAUGUUUGCAUUUCUUUGAUUGCUAUCGGGGUUGAACCUUUGACAAAAAAAAGUUUGUCAUUUGCGUUUUCUCUUCCUGUUCUUAUCCCUUAUCCAUUUAUUUUUUAGUACCUUAGUGGUUUUGAAAAAUUAAUCCAUAGGUGGUUUUGUCAAUUUUGUGUUCAGAUGUUUUGUUGAGUUUGCUCUGGAUGUCUUUACCAGAGGAGCUUACAAUGUUCAUGGAGUUCAGAGCUGAGCUUUUGCAGGUCCUUUUUGUUACUUUACGGGUC